AUGGGUAACACCAAGAGUGGAGCUGUGUCGAAGGAGAUCCUGGAGGACCUGAAGCUCAAGACCAAGUUCUCAGAGACUGAGAUUGUCCAGUGGUACGAAAACUUCAAGAGGCAGUGUCCAACGGGACGCAUCUCGCAGGAGGAGUUCCAGAACAUAUACAGAAAGUUCUUCCCGGACAGCGACGCCAACACGUACGCCCAACACGUCUUCCGCUCCUUCGACACCAACGACGACGGCACACUGGACUUCAAGGAGUACAUCAUCGCUCUGCACAUGACAUCGACGGGGAAGACCACGAGGAAACUGGAGUGGGCCUUCUCACUGUUUGACGUGGACAAGAACGGAUACAUCACCAAGACAGAGGUCAAGGAGAUCUGUACGGCGAUUUUUAAGCUGAUUUCCAAAGAGGACAUGGCCAAACUGCCUCAAGAUGAAAACACAGCUGAGAAGAGGGCGGAAAAACUCUGGAAAUACUUUGAGAAGGAUGACGAUGACCGCGUGGCAGAAGGAGAGUUCGUGAAGGGAGUGUUGGAGAACGACGGCGCUCUUCGUUUGAUUCAGUACGAGCCGUCCAAGUAACUCUUCAUAUUCAACGACAUCUUCGUUCAUGACACGUGAACACAGAGCAGGAGCGACGUCGUCACUCUGGAACGAGUGUCUGUGGUCUGUGAGAGGAUUUUUAUAACAUUUUUAACACAUAUUACAAUUAAAAACCUGAGUUUAAAGUUUCCAUAGCAACCAAAUCAUAAUUUUCUUUCUCUGUUUACUUUCACAUAGACAGAAAUGUUCCCUCCAUAACUUCCUCACUUUAAUUAAUGUGUGAUUAGUUAGUUUAAUUCUGAAGAAAAGUGAAUUGUGUUUUAGCUUCUCAAACACAUAUGUAUUUUUUUCUCCACUGGGCAGAAAAUGACUGUAUAACUCUGUGUCAUGAUGUGACUCACUCCUCAACUGUUGACGCUCUCGUGGUCGUUUUCUAAAUGUAUGACAUGUGAAUUUUCCUU